AUGGCGCAGAAACCGCAGACUUUGGAUGGCAAGUUGGCCAUCGUGAGUGGGAGUUCCAAAGGCAUUGGCGCGGCUAUAGCGAUUGAGCUUGCUUCUAGGGGCGCUCUCGUGGUCACAAACUAUCCGUACGCUCACCUUCAACAAGAGGCCGAGUCAACUUUAGGGAAGAUCCGGGCCACCGGCGGGAACCAUGUCGGCGAGUGCUUCGCCAUCGAGUCCGAUCUGUCUACCCUCGAGGGCCCAAAGCACCUGGUCGCUGAGGCGGUCAAGAGAACCAAUGGCCGAAAAGUCGACAUCCUUGUGAAUAACGCCGGCAUCGCCAUAAUGUCACCCCUCAAGGACAUCACCGUCGAGCAGUGGGACGCGCAGGUGAACUUGAACGGCCGUGGAACGCUGCUUUUGACCCAGGCUGUCUUGCCGCAUCUGGCCAAGCCGAGCAGAAUUGUGAAUCUGAGCUCAAGCGGAGCGAGACAGCCUUACCCAGGGGCGAGCAUUUACAACGGGACGAAAAGUUCGAUGCUGACGAGUUUCACUCCUCCAAGUGAACUGGGCCGGGAGUAUCAGUGUACAGUCAACGCCAUUUGCCCCGGAGCCACGAGCACCGACGCCUUCAACUCGUUGGUGGGAGCGACUCGAGAUAGCCUUGAGCCGAUGCUAGCCAUGACUCCUGCGGCAUCACGGCUUGGUGAGACAGAGGAGAUGGCGUAUGCGGCGGCCUUCUUCUGCGAGGAAAGGGGCAGGUGGAUGACUGGCGUCUGUUUGGCUGUGAAUGGUGGAACUCUGAUGGCUUGA